GAUGUCAGAGCAAUGGGUGUGGUCUUUUAGUAUCAUGUCAGCUUGCAUGUUCGAAGCGUGGUACAUCCGAACUUUGGUUAAUAUUUCUUCCUUUUAAGUAUUUCCUAUUAACGCAGACCAUUGGGUAAGAAUAUUUCUGUUUGCAAGAGGUGAAGUAUGGCGAAUAAAGAGGCGGAAAAGACUCCGGGUCUCAAGUUCGCAGAGCAACAACUACUUCGUCAUGGCUGGGAGCGAGGAAAAGGACUUGGUAAAGCGGAAAACGGAAUUACGGAGGCUGUUAAGGUCAAAAUUAAAUGUGAUAAAGGAGGGAUGGGCCACAAGGAAGGGGAGCAGUUUACGUUCCACUGGUGGGACCAUGUUUUCAAUAAGGCCUCUACCAGUCUGGAGGUGGAAUCUGCUGAGGAUGGCAUCAGGGUGAAGAAGGUGGCAGAGAAGGAUGGAGCUGAGGGCGUGGUCUCCAACAAGAAGCCAUGCAAAGCAGCACUGUCCAAGGCCAAGCUUUAUGGCCACUUUGUUAAGUCUGCUACGCUUAUGUCAGGACAGGAACAUGCGGAGAAGAAGGCCUCUAGUUCAGAAGACAGCAGCAGCUCAGAUGAGGACCAGAGGCUGGACCUCUCCACCACCUGCAGGUUAUCGGACGAAGAUCUUUUGAAAGCCUGUGGGGGCCGUACUGCUCACAAAGGAGCAAGACAUGGUCUUAGAAUGAGUGCCAAGCUUGCCCGACUCAAACAACAGGAGAAGGAGUUUCUGGCAAAAUAUGGCAAAAACAGCAAACCAGCAGACUCUCCUGGCAAAAUGGCAUCCUGCUCUGCUGACUCAGGCUGGGACAGGGAAGAGGACCAGGAAGAGGGGGAGGAGACGGAAGCAAAACUAGAAAAGACUAAGAAAAAGAAAAAACGUUCAAAGGAAAGCCUUGAGGAAGCAGUGGCAGAGAGUGCAGACGACACAGAGGUCAGUAAAAGGAAGAGGAGGAAAAAACACUCAAAGGAAAUGUGUGAUUCUCCAGCUCUUGGGGAACCAAGCGAUGAGAGAGGGCAUGUCCAUCCAGCAGAGAAGAAAUGCUUGAAUAAGGAGAAAAUAACGGCUUGUAAUAAAGGAACUGGCAGCUCUAAGAAUGGAGUAACGCUCUAUGGAAGUAAAGGCUGUAAAGACCAAGAUGCCUUCACAGGGGUCUUAGGAGAUGAUGGUGCAGGUCAUGAGGAGAACGUGGAGGAGUGUUUAGCUGGACUGGAUGAAGAAGCAGCAGUGCCUGAUGAGGACUCAAUAUGCCAAACUAAGAAGAAGAAGAAAAAGAAUAUUACAAGUGAUGUCACUGAGCAAAUGCAAGAUGAGGAGAUACCAGAGCAGCAGAGUGUCAGGAAAAAGGCCACAAGCAGGCAGAAGGAGGGGGCUGAGGAUGAAACUGCAGUGUUAAGAAGAUCAAAAAAGAAGAAGAAAGCAAAAGAACUGGGACACUGACAGGGAAGGAAGGAUCAUCAGGAAAUGCAGAUGGAGGUCAUUCUGUACCCUCACAUUUAUGUAUAUCUAAAGAAAAUCAGUUGUGAAAUACAUUGUUUGUAUGGUGUUUUUUUAAGUCAAAUCGCAGCGCAAAACAUUGAUGUACAUCGUAAAAUAUCUGGUGCAUGGAAAGAUGGAAGAAUUCUGGUGCUUGAACAAUGUAAAAUUUAACUGGUUAGACUUUGCAGUGAUAAGUCUCACUGGUGGCAACAUAGCUGAUGUCCAUAACAAUUGGAAAAUCAAAAAUAGUUUCACUGUCCUUUAUUUAAAUACAGUUUAUAGAAUUUAUGUGAAGUGUAACUUCAUUUUAAAGCAGCUGAAUAUUAAAUCACCUGAAAGCAUCAAUA